AUGGCACUGGAUGGGACCGUGGAAAAACUCCAGAAGAAACUGUACAAGAAGAUUGCAUACCAUACCUCCACGAGCAAUACCGUCGGUACCUUGGAGACUUGUUUGACAUUAUUCCCGAGGACUUGGAGGAGGAGAUGGUUCCGUUUGACCACGACCAGUAUGAUCUGGAGACAGUUAGUUGUCGAAAUGAUCCGUCGCAUUCACCAUGGCGGUUUCUUUGUCGCUCCAGCCGGUCCACCUGCGACGACAACACUGGGGUUCCGCAUCACUGCUGUGCAACCUGAUACUCGGGAACAAGACAUUCGAAAUGUCCUCAAGUUGUCACGAAAGGUCAUGUUGGAGCAUUCCACCUUUGCGCCAUGA